AUGGCUGAGUACAAGUCUGUGAUUAUCUCUCCCAUCCCCAGCCUCCCCACCCAGCCUCCCAUCCCCAUCCCCAGUCUCCCAUCCCCAGUCUCCCAUCCCCAGCCUCCACACCCAGCCUCCCAUCCCCAGCCACAGCCUCCCAUCCCAAGCCACAGCCUCCCAUCCCCAUCCCCAGUCUCCCAUCCCCAGUCUCCCAUCCCCAGCCUCCCCACCCAGCCUCCCAUCCUCAGCCACAGCCUCCCAUCCCCAUCCCCAGUCUCCCAUCCCCAGCCACAGCCUCCCAUCCCAAGCCACAGCCUCCCAUCCCCAUCCCCAGUCUCCCAUCCCCAGUCUCCCAUCCCCAGCCUCCACACCCAGCCUCCCAUCCCCAGCCACAGUCUCCCAUCCCCAGCCACAGCCUCCCAUCCCCAGCCACAGCCUCCCAUCCCCAUCCCCAGUCUCCCAUCCCCAGCCUCCCCACCCAGCCUCCCAUCCCCAUCCCCAGCCUUCCAUCUCCAGCCUCCCAUUCCCAGCCUCCCAUCUCCAGCCCCAGCCUUCCAUCUCCAGCCUCCCAUUCCCAGCCUCCCAUUCCCAGCCUCCCCUCCCAAGCCUCCAAUCCCCAGCCUCCUAUCCCCAGUCUCCCAUCCCCAGCCUCCCAUCCCCAGCCUCCCAUCCCCAGCCUCCAAUCUCCAGCCUCCCAUCCUCUGCCUCCCAUCCCUAGCCCAGCCCCAUCCCCAGCCUCACAUCCCCAGACCCAGCCUCCCAUCCCCAGCCUCCCAUCCCCAGCCUCCAAUCUCCAGCCUCCCAUCCCCAGCCUCCCAUCCCCAGCCUCCCAUCCCUAGCCCAGUCCCAUCCCCAGCCUCCCAACCCCAGACCCAGCCUCCCAUCCCCAGCCUCCCAUCCCCAGCCCCAGCCUCCCAUCCCCAGCCACCCAUCCCCAGCCUCCCAUCCCCAUCCCCAUCUCCCAUCCCCAUCUUCCCAUCCCCAGUCUCCCAUCCCCAGCCUCCCAUCCCCAGCCUCCCAUCCCAGCCUCCCAUCUCCAGCCUCCCAUCUCCAGCCUCCCAUCCCCAGCCUCCCAUCCCCAUCCCCAGCCUCCCAUCACCAGCUUCAUCCCCAUCCCCCCAGCCCCAUCCCCCCCAUCCCCAGCCUACCAUCCCCAUUCCCAGCCUCCCAUCCCCAGCCUCAUCCCCAUCCCCAGCUUUCCAUCUCCAGCCUCCCAUCCACAGCCUCCCAUCCCAUCCCCAGCCUCCCAUCCCCAUCCCCAGCCUCCCAUCCCCAGCCUCCCAUCCCCAGCCUCCCAUCCCCAGCCUCCCAUUCCCAGCCUCCCAUCUCCAGCCUCGCAUCCCCACCCCCAGCCUCCCAUCCCCAUCCCCCCAUCCCCAUCCCCCCAUCCCCAGCCUCACAUCCCCACCUCCCAUUCCCAGCCCCAGUCUCCCAUCCCCAGUCUCCCAUCCCCAGCCUCCCAUCCCCAGCCUCAUCCCCAGGCUCAUCCCCAGCCUCCAAUCCCCAGCCUCCCAUCCCAUCCCCAUCUCCCAUCCCCAGCCUCCCAUCCCCAGUCUCCCAUCCCCAGCCUCCUAUCCCCAGCCUCCCAUCUCCAGCCUCCCAUCUCCAGCCUCCCAUCCCCAGCAUCCCAUCCCCAUCCCCAGCCUCCCAUCUCCAGCCUCAACCCCAUCCCCCAUCCCCGGCAUUCCAUCUCCAGCCUCCCAUCCACAGCCUCCCAUCCCAUCCCCAGCCUCCCAUCCCCAUCCCCAGCCUCCCAUCCCCAGCCUCCCAUCCCCAGCCUCCCAUCUCCAGCCUCCCAUCCCCAGCCUCCCAUCCCCAGCCUCCAAUUCCCAGCCUCCCAUCUCCAGCCUCCCAUCCCCAGUCUCCCAUCCCCAGUCUCCCAUCCCCAGCCUCCCAUCCCCAUCCCCAGCCUUCCAUCUCCAGACUCCCAUUCCCAGCCUCCCAUCUCCAGCCCCAGCCUUCCAUCUCCAGCCUCCCAUUCCCAGCCUCCCAUUCCCAGCCUCCCCUCCCAAGCCUCCAAUCCCCAGCCUCCUAUCCCCAGUCUCCCAUCCCCAGUCUCCCAUCCCCAGCAUCAGUCCCAUAACGGACCAGCCCUGA